GCUGUCACCUCCUUCCCCCUCCUGGUCGCCAUCCAAUCCUUGGCUACCCGAAGGACGCCCACCGACACCGCACCACCACGAAGAAUUCGCCAUGACCCAACUCCAGCCCUCCUCACAUUUCACCCCCUCAAGGACCCAAGCGUUCCCCCUUACAAGGACCCCAACAGAACAUGGUUCAUGAGCACCCUCACCGGCCGCCCCGAGCACUUCGUCUUCCCUUCUCGCCGCCCUCACGACAAAAUCCUCUGCAUCGACACCCAUAACAAGUCCUAUGCGCUUGGCGCGUCGGAGAACAUCUUCCCCUCCGGUGGGAUCGUCGUGCGUGGCCUGUCACUCAUAGCUGACGGCUGCUACGACUUCGAGAACCCGUGGCAUGCGUUCAAUGCAGUGUCGCCCCUUCUUCCCAUGGUGGAGCGAGUGGCGCCGGGGAAGCAAGCCGAAACGGUUCGUGUUGUUCAAGCGGUGAGCUGGUGAGGAGUAUUGGGGGGAACGAUCAAACUCUUACAGUGAUCAAUUGGGUCCGAACCUAACUCAAUCAACUGUUCCCCAUCCGAAAUGUUGGGUCGAGUCAACUUCGUCUGGUCCGGUUUUUAUUUCGUCGCUCGAGAGAGAGGCUAGCGAACUCGUUCCUUUUUUUCUGUCCCGAAGCCACAACGAUGCAGGCGCGAUGGUUCGCCAGCAUCGGUCGACAUUUGCUCUCCUCUUCCCGGCCUGCCUUCGCUCCUGCUCCCUUCCCGUAUCGAUGCCUCCGAUCAGUGGCGUUACCCGUAGAUCCUUCCAUUCGCAAGACCGUUAUCAGUGACUUCAUUUCCGCAGCUCUCCGCGACCGGCCGCCGGUUUUAGGGUUUCACACUCCCUCUCGUCUUCUUCCGGCGACGCAGUCACGUUUUUAUGCGGUGAAGGAUAGAUCGAGGGCGCCGCGCACGCCAGUUACUUCUAAAGUGAAGAAAUAUAAGAUCAAAUCUUACUCAUCUUUUAAAUUCCGAUUUAGGACCAUGAACAAUGGACAAAUACGGAGAUGGAAAGCUGGAAAGCGGCAUAAUGCACACUUGAAGUCUAAGGAGGCGAAACGGAGACUAAGGAGGCCUGGAAUUGUGCAUGCAGCAUAUGCAAAGGUUAUGAAGAAGUUGAACUUUUGUGCCUAGGACUGACUGAAAGCAUGAUGAUUCUGUUUUGGGAAAGUCCACAUUUCUACCUCAAGAUUAGUAUUAAGCUGCUUGAUGUUCCAUGACUAUGAUCCUAAACUGCUCCCAUAAAGAAUAUGUUCCCUGGCUUUGCCUUAUUUGAAGAGAAAACACACAAGCUGUUCAAAUUGUCAAUUUGUCUUACUUUUCUGGUACUCGAAACAAGUAACUCUCUUCAGAACUUCUGUUGCAGUACAAAUUUACAGAGCCCUUGAACACCA